UUUAAGAAACAUAAUUUGGAGCUGGGGAGUCAGAGGUAUUCCCUCUAUGUAUUUUUGAGAAAUAUUUGGUCCCCCACCGAGUGAAAAUGCAGCUACCAAAGAUUGUACCUCCCCACCUCUUCACCUACUUACGCGCUCCCGACACAAGGGGAACAGUUUUUCACUGGGGGACAUAAUUUCGCACAGGACCGGAAGUUCUCUCAGUCAUAACACCAAUCACUCCAACUUUGGUCAACAUGGCGGCAGCAGAAAUAGACAAUAGCAAGUAUUUUGUAAGAGAAAUCGAAAAGAAUGACGGAUCCGUCUUAAGAAUGAAACAGUGCUACAUAGGAGACGUUGGUUGUGUCGUCUGGGAUGCAGCCAUUGUUCUUGCUAAAUAUUUGGAGACUAAAACGUUUUAUGACCCGUCGAUAGGAGUCAACGUGUGGUGCGGCAGGAGGGUGGUGGAAUUAGGUGCUGGGACAGGAGCAGUUGGUCUGAUGGCAGCAACACUCGGUGCUCAUGUCAUCGUAACAGACCUGGAAGAUUUGCAGUCCCUCCUGAAUGUGAAUAUUCAGGAAAACCAGACACUCAUUCAGAGUGGGUCCAUAUCUGCCAAGGUACUGAAAUGGGGUGAGAAUGUGUCUGAGCUAUUGCCUCCUCCACAUUGCAUUAUCAUGGCAGAUUGCAUAUAUUAUGAGCAGUCUAUAGGUCCACUGGUGGAGACCUUGAAGCAGCUUUCCGGACCAGAGACCUCCAUUAUCUGCUGCUAUGAGCAACGCACCGAGGGCGUAAAUCCAGAAGUGGAAAAUAAGUUUUUUGAGUUGCUGCAACGAAAUUUCGUCUAUGAAACAAUCCCUUCUGACAAACAGGACCCAGAGUUCAGCAGUCCCGAUAUCCAUAUUCUGCACAUUCGAAGAAAAGACUGAUUUUAUAGCAUGACACUUGUUUUUCUACUAACAUUUAUUUCAUUGUGAGAAAGAUUUCAGACUGUGGCAUUUAAAGAACUUAAAUCAUUUGUAUUUCUUAAAAAUAGUUUAUAUUUCAAAAGAGGAAGUUUUUAGGGUAUAAAA